AUGGACUGGCAUUUGAAGCACCUCGACGUCAAUUUGGACAAACGCAGUGACCCGUAUGGAAAAUUCUGGGAUUUCGUCAAGUCCUCUUUGCUCCUGCGGGACAACUCGACAAUCAACAAGAUACAACUCAGCUGUAGCAACACCGUGAUCCAGCAGCUGAAUCUGCUGAUCUGUGUGGCCGGGAGAGAAAAAGUUCCAGAGCUCAUCCUUCUCGGCGGGGAUUACUCGUCUGACGAGCUCGAGUUCCCACGCGGGGCUUGCGAAUCAUUGACAUUUCUAAAACUGCAUUUCCUACAUACUAUUACUUUUCGCGCUGUAGCCGUUUUCAGUAGCAUCGUGAGUCUUUCAAUGAGGGGAGUUUGCAUAACUUGUGAUGCUGCCCAAAAGUUGUUCUCAGGUGGAUGUGUUAAGCUCGAGGAGGUGUACCUUGAGGAUUGCCAGAUAAAGGAUGUAGAGGAGAUUGAUAUAUCAGCUGCUAACCUCAAGAGUGUAACAAUUGUGAACAUUUGCACUUGCAAGGAAUUUUCGGUCGUGGGUUCUUUCGAUUGUAAGCUUAGAAUUUCAUCUCCAAGCUUGGUGUCCUUCUGCUACAUAGGGCCGAUGUUGCUAGGUGUUUCAUUGAUGGAUACAGAGUGUUUGGAGAACAUCACGAUACGCCUUCUUCUACGUGUGCCUAAGGAGUACAACAUUAGCUUUGAGAACCACUUGCUUUCUCCUGCAAACUUUGUUGGACUUAAUUUUGCAAAGAGUUUGACGGCGUCCUCUCUUGUUGUCAAGUACUUCUGUCCAAAAUUUAGUGAUUCCUGGGACCCAUUCAUAUUGGACAACGUGAGUCAUCUAGAGUUGGAAAUGAGGUACGGCACCAGUUUUAUAGAAGGGAUGAUCAGCUUGUUGAGGUUCUCGCCAAACAUUCAAUCUCUUUUCAUCAGAUUGAAGGAGGUAUAA